AUGAGUAAGUCAAGCAUUCUUGAUGGGUCUAUUGACCUAAACCUGGCCUUUAAAAGCUGGAGUCCGAUAAUGGAAAAUAGCGGAAAUACUAGCGACCUGUUUGGUGAUUAUAGACUGAAUAGCGAUGGCGUGAUAAAUACACCUGAAUCAACUUCGUUUGCAGUGGAUCCCAGCUACCCAUUUGCACUUCGAAAUGUUAAAGAAGCAAUAGAUGCUAUGGAAAUAAACUACGAUAACCUAGAGGGCCCAGAUGAUGCUGAGUUUUCUGAAUUGAUGAAAACAAAUGAUGAAAUGAUGAUCCGCAUUGAUUUGCUGGAUAAAUCGACGCAGAAACAAAUCAACCGAGUAGAUAAUGUACUCAGGACCAAUGAACCACGCUUUUUCUCACGUCUAUUUCCAAAAAUUACUACCUCUGUGAGUAAGUGCUUUCAUGAAGCCGCAAAUAUCAGCCGUCCCCUAUCUGUGGGAUGUACAGCGGAAGUCAGCUCUUCAUUCGUUGCAGGUCAGAUGAGACCCUCGGGUCGCCCCAAGAGGCUGCUUAAAAGAAUGACGUCAUGGCUCAAGAGUUCAAACUUCAUAAGUGACCUAGGGGUCUACAGCUACAUUAAAACAUAUAAUCCCCCAGACAAGCGCCAAUGGAGGUAUUCUCAACCGGAAGAUCUCAAUAAGGUAUCACAUACGCAAGAAAGCAGGUAUUAUGAUCUAAGUAACAUGUCCCCAAGGUAUAAUGUACAAUUGAACCUUCUUAAGCCUUACGUAGGUUGUUCCAACUACCAUAUGUCGUACGCUGUCCCUACCCCAUCAAGACAUGUAUAUGAGAAACUAAAAGAAGGGGUUAUGAGGUAUCAUAGCCUGCAUCAGGCAAAAGAGAAGAGCGUCUCGCCUUCCAAUUAUAGAUGUGCCCUCGAUGAUUUAGCAGUAGGGUUUGAUGACGAGUACGACAAGAAAGAAGUAAGUUUGGACAGCCUUGAAAAACUUGGGAUCACAUGA